AUGUUUAGAAAAAAUCGCCAUGAUGUUCAACAGGACGUGACUGAUUCAAGAAAGAGGAGGGGGAAGGACAAGAAGGAGAAAAAAUCCAAGAAGGAGAAAAAGGAGAAGAAAGAAAGGCGGAGGAGGGAGAAGAAAGAGAAGAAAGAGCGCAAGAAGGAAAAGAAGAGGAUGAAAGAGCAACUUGCUGAUCGAAGCAAGCAAGCCUCGUUCGAGUCAAGGAUGCAGACAUACUCCUUGCUCCCUGUGAAAAUCCACGAGGAGACAGAUCAGAAAGAGCAGGAGGAAUCGAGUCAAGUGACACAGAAAAGCUCUGUUGGAGAAACACAUAAUGAUAAUCAAAGCAAGAAACAAGAGAUUGCAAAGUCUUCAGAGCAAUCUCCUGCUCCUCCCGCCCCGAAGUCUCGUCCUGAGCUCCAACAAGUUUCUGGAGGCCUCAACGCCUCCAACAGUCAGAAUCUCACCAAGCGCAAGGAGGAAAAGGGGGAGGAGGGCGGGGGAGGAGAAGGAAACAAGGGAGACUGGGCGUGCAUGAGCUACAAGUGCAAUGGGCACAUCAACUACCGGAAGGACACCAAGUGCUCUCGAUGCGGAGCGAUCCGAAGGAUUGGGCAAGGAAGCUACAAGCCGCCAACACAACCAAACUUCCCGCAGAAGAAGCCAUAUGAUCGAUUCUGA